UGUGUGUGUGUGUGUGUGUGUUUUUCGUGAGCAUAAAACUGCACUGGGAGCCUCAUGAACACAGCAUAACGCUUCCAGCGCUCGUUCACAACUUCUGACAGCAACAUUCCUUCACAACAACACUUCACUAUGUCCGAUACGCUGGGCGAAAGUAUCAUACGGAAUCUCAUCAACCUUGGUUUAGAUGAGCCGUUUCUACAACUAUCCCGCCCGUUCGCACCGAAGAGCAUCAGCUCCGAGCUGCUCACCGACGACUUCUGGGCGGCGGACACCCCGAGCGACCGAGCGCCCAGCAAACCCCAGUUCCCCCUUAAAGCAGACCGAUCUACGAGUCUGACUGACACCUUCAACAGAAUGAAGCCCCACGACGUGCCCCCACCGCCCGGAUUUCCUCCCCUGGCACCCCUGCCUUCGAACCGGUACAAGACUGAGCUGUGCCGAAGCUUUCAAGAGCACGGCAUCUGCAAAUACGGCAGCAAGUGUCAGUUCGCCCACGGCGAGAGCGAGCUGCGAGGUCUAUACCGCCAUCCCAAAUACAAAACUCAAGCCUGUCGCACUUUCUACCAGUUUGGAUACUGUCCGUACGGAAGCCGCUGUCACUUCAUCCACGAGGAGAAAAACUCUUUGGACGGGGUAGAGCAGAACCCGCGUCAGCUGCGUCAGUGCGUCAGCUUCGCCGGUUUCACUCGCAGCAACUCUCCCUCGACUUUAUACGAGCCCCUGAGCUUCACCCGUGCGGCUUCGGUCUCUCCCCCUCCCGCUGACAUCUUGUCCCCAGUCUUCAGCGACUCUUCCCGCGACAUGUUCCCCUUCAGCCGUCACAGUACCGGAGAUAUCUACAACAACGCGCCCUUCACGCCAGAGCCUCGGUCGCGAUGUGUCUGCGGACACGGAAAUAACUUCCAGGGCUCCAGCAACGAGCUGUACAUGAAAGAAGACCUGAGCAAAGCCAACCUGCAGCGCUUUUCCUCAGAAGACUCGCUGUCAGACCGCGAAAGUUACAGCAGCUCCAGCAGCUCGAGCGGCUCUGAGUCACCCACCUUCGACGGCUCGAGCGGGAAGCGCCUCUCGGUUUUCGCGCGGAUGUCUGUGUCUGACUAAGGACUUUACCGCCAUUCCUUCCCAAUCAUUCAAUCAGGCUGAUAAUAAUGUGCAACGAGUCUUAAUACUGUUAAUUUAUUAUUAUUAUAUAUUGUUAAAGGAGAUUAUUUUGAUACCAAGCUGCCCCUCUAAACCUAAACAGGCAUCGUUUUUGUAACGGUGUUGUAUUAUUUUCUGUGAUAUUGUCUUCCAUUUGCUUAUGCUUUUCUUGCUUUUCAACGUUGUUUGGAAGAGAGCAUUGCAAACAAGUGCCUUAAAAUAUCAUAACCUAUGCUAGUGGAAUAAGCAGAGCUUGUGUCAGUCGCUUUGGAUAAAAGCGUCUGCUAAAAGACUAAAUAUAAAUGCAAUAUAUGUGCAUAUAUAAUUAUGUAUGUGUAUAUAUCAUAUAUCCAGUGUGUGACUUAGGGGUUGCCUUUUUAAAGGAAUUUCUGGCCUUUUUUGGGAGAAGUCAGUUCCCCAAAUAAUUUGCACCCUUUGUAUAUCAACCAACAAUGUGAUAAACUUGAGAAAACGACCAUACAUUCACUCACAAAGAAUGCACUUUACAAAUCAAUACCGGGUGAAUGUUUUCAAUGUAGCAUUUUAACCAAAGCAUUAUGAUGUUAGGUACCUGUUUUGUACAAGAAAACUAAACAAACCUAAAAACAAUAUAUUUAUAUUGGACAAGAGCUGUCAAGUUAAUGUUUUGACAACCCUGGUUGGGUCCUUACUCAAGGAAACUUGUCUUUUAUCAGGGACUGUAACAGAACAGUAUUUUUGUAGAAUAGUUUGCUUCAUUUGCAAUGUUUUUUUUUUUUUUUUUUUUUUUUAAUUGUAUAGACCUAACUAAUAUAUUUAUUGAGUAUUUAUUGAAGGUAUAGCAAUGUAUAUUUUUACUUAUUUAUCAACAUGGUGUUGACACAAAAUAAUGGAAACGAUUUCAUUUGACCAAAAUAAUGUAAUAAAUGCAAAUUGUGAAAAAAAAAAAAAAAAAAA